AUGCUGAGCCCGGGCAGAACGGAGGAAGCCCCCCAGCUCCUCCGUAGGCGAGCUCCGCUCCCUGUUCCCGCCUUCGCCCCCGCGCACCGAUAUCCUGUCCGGGCAGCUGCACCCGACGGCCCCGGAGUCCCUGCCCGACUCGGCCUCGCCUGUCUGCUGCUGCUGUUGCUUACGCUGCCGCCCCGCAUAGAUGCGUCCUGGUGGUAUAUCGGGGCGCUGGGGGCCCGGGUGAUCUGCGACAACAUCCCCGGGCUGGUGAGCCGGCAGCGCCAGUUGUGCCAGCGCUACCCCGACAUCAUGCGUUCCCUGGGCGAGGGGGCCCGAGACUGGAUCCGCGAGUGCCAGCACCAGUUCCGUCAUCACCGCUGGAACUGCACCACUCUGGACCGGGACCACACCGUCUUUGGCCGGGUGAUGCUCAGAAGCAGCCGGGAGGCGGCUUUCGUGUAUGCCAUCUCCUCGGCAGGUGUGGUCCAUGCCAUCACUCGGGCCUGCAGCCAGGGAGAGCUGAGUGUGUGCAGCUGCGAUCCUUACACACGUGGUCGGGACCGAGACCAGCGUGGAGACUUUGACUGGGGUGGUUGUAGUGACAACAUCCACUAUGGGGUCCGCUUUGCCAAGGCCUUCGUGGAUGCCAAGGAGAAGAGGCUCAAGGAUGCCCGGGCCCUCAUGAAUUUGCACAACAAUCGGUGUGGCCGCACGGCUGUACGUCGAUUCCUAAAGCUGGAAUGUAAGUGCCAUGGAGUAAGUGGCUCCUGCACCCUUCGCACCUGCUGGCAUGCACUCUCCGACUUCCGCCGGACUGGUGACUACCUUCGGAGGCGCUAUGAUGGAGCUGUGCAGGUGACUGCCACUCAGGAUGGCGCCAACUUUACUGCUGCCCGUCAAGGCUAUCGCCAUGCCACUCGGGCCGACCUUGUCUAUUUUGACAACUCCCCAGACUACUGUGUUCUGGACAAGGCUGCUGGGUCCCUGGGCACCGCAGGCCGCGUAUGCAGCAAGACGUCUCGAGGGACAGAUGGAUGUGAGGUCAUGUGCUGCGGCCGUGGCUAUGACACGACCCGAGUCACUCGUGUCACCCAGUGCGAGUGCAAGUUCCACUGGUGCUGCGCCGUGCGCUGUAAGGAGUGCCGGGACACUGUGGACGUCCACACCUGCAAGGCCCCCAAGAAGGCAGAGUGGCUGGACCAGACCUGAGCACUGGCACGCUUCGCCAGCCCCUCUGUCCCAGACCCUGAGACUCAGUGGCACAAGACCCUCCUCGCAUGUACCCCCCAGCACCCCAGACUCCCCGACCCGAAAGACUUGGACUGUCGCCUUUGUCCCAGGGGACCCAGAUGUGGGCAUCCCACAGGAGGAGCCCCUGGGAAUGCAGCAUUGAAGAAGAGCCAGGGGCUCUGUGGAGAGACAAGAGUUGCACUAAGAACCUGGCGGAGGUUCGCUUUUCUCUUUCCUUUCCCUGGCUUCCUGGCACUUCCUGGGCACAUAGGAUUGGUCUGGGGGUGAGGGGAGCUGCCAAGAAUGCCCGCCCGGCUUAGGAUCAGAGUGAGGGGGUGACGUGUGGACAGUCCACCCAUCCCCCUGGCAGUGAGCAUUAGACUCCGAGGCUCUGUGCUCAUAUGUUGUGUACUGCUGCAUAUGUGGAGAAAGAGAGAGAUGUGCACCCAUGCCCUCCCCAAAUAUGUAUCUAUAAAUUUGUAUCGGA